AUGUUGUUGGGCUUCGACUUCCUUUGGCAUUAUGGUUUGUCCUUACAGAUGGUUGAAGGUUAUGUCCGUUUGGUUGGUACUCGUGACCCUCUGGUGGGUCGGUAUCGUGAACCUCUACCGGAACCUGAUGCAAGGAGUGUGAGUGUGUCGUUGCCCUUCGCUCUACUUGGAGCAACUGGUUCUGCGGGUGUACUACCCGUCCCCCCGACUAUCUGCCCUAGUGAAGCACAGGGUGUAUGUACCCGUAAUGCUUCUACCCAGACUACUGGUAUGAUUGAUGAGUCUGUUCAGACGGUACCAUCCACAUCUAGCACAAGUUCUUUGGAGACUGUUCCCAAGAACCUUGCCCGUUGUGCCAGAACUUGUGAAAGUCCGCCUGAUGUUGUGAUUGGUAAUGGAGCUAGUUCUCUAUACUCCCUUUGUCGGUACUCUGAUGAUGUCUACUCUCACCUUGGUUUUGGUGAUGGUGAUGGUGACGAAAGUCCUUCCCUGGCUCAGCGUAGGGUUUUCGCUGAUGCUGGGGCUCCUAUCUGUCUACUACAACCCCCUGAUCCGUAUGAGUUUUAUGAUGACCCUAAGAAGGGCGGACAUACUGGUUUCGAACAAUGGCCUGCAGAAGACCAAGAGAUCUAUGAUGAGUUCGAGAACGAUGACAUAGGUGGUAAUUUGGAUGACUAUGCGAUUCCAUUACUGCCCGGUCCUGAGGAACCGGAUACCGUAUUACCCAAGUUACCAGUGUCUGACCGUCCCGAACUUUGCCCUAUUCAAGAUCUCUGUAACGAGUUCUCUGAGUUGUUCAACAACAAGAUCGGGUUUUGUCCGUUGGUCACUCAUGAUAUAAAGACCUUCGAUGAGCAGCCGAUGGCUCAGCGUCCGAGACGUGUACCUCAUAAGUGGCAAGCUGACAUACGAGGCCAGAUUGAUGAUAUGCUGAGAGAAGGGAUUAUUCGGCCAAGUAUGAGUCCGUGGCGUUCACCUUGUGUCUACGUUAAGAAGAAGACUGGUGGUGUCCGUAUCUGCGUGGACUAUCGUGAACUAAAUCGUCGGUCCCACAUGUCCGCUUACCCCUUCCUCGCCCUGACUUCGUACAGGAUGACUUGA